GUGUGCGUGUCGUGGGCCAGGCUAGAGCAGAGUAGGCGCGGGCGCGGGCGGGUCAAUGUCUCUGUCUGACUGACAUCGAUCGCAUCGCCAUCUCAUCCUCGAAACUGCCUCCUCUUCUCUAAUAUCACCGUCACAGCCGCCACUCCACUACCAACAACGCCAGCACUCGUUGCUACGGCAGACGCUCCCCCUACCACGCAGACAGGCAGGCCGCUUCUCCCUCCUCCUUCCGCCGCGUCCCCGUCUUAACGGGCUUCUGCAAGCCCCACUCUAGACCUGCGCUCGUCGUUCUUGCACACCACACCGUCGCGCCUCCCUCUUCAUCCUCUCCUUUGGCCCAUCUUCACGCCACCAUCUGCACGCACAUAUCACGUCACUAGGUCGUCAGGCGCCUUUGACCAUAUCCGCCCCUCUAGCUGCGUGCAUCCAUCCACCUAGUGCGCGGAUCCACGAUGCUUUCCCUCAGGUCACUUGUGUCCCUGGCCGCCAUCCUCGUCGCGUCAUCAUGGACAAACGUCGCCGAGGCGCAAGCAGACAAUGCGUCAUGUCUGCCUCUGACGGGCUCCACAAUGUGCCCUUCAUUUGUUAAUAGCACUAUCAGCCCUUCGGCCCUCGCACCAGCCUACUCCUUCUUCAGUGACGUCAGCGAUGUCGCAUCAUUCGACCGACUGUUCCGACGCUACUUCACAGACUACCAACAAUUCCGUCAGACGAAGCUGCACACGGGCCUGCAAUGUAACGAGACUGGAUCGCUCAACGCCACCUUGCAGUGGGCGCAGACGGUCCUCUGCGGCCAGUUCACCUCGUACAGCUACAAUGCUGGCUGCACCCAGCCCAAUUCCCCCAACGCUUCCACCCCUCUUGUUUGCCAAAAUACCUGCACCGAAUACGCAAACUCCGAGGUCGCCUUCGUCAGCAACGCCAGCUACUGCACACCCACAAGUCGUCUAAGGCCGGCAUCCCUCGUUGAUCUCCGCAACACGACGCUCCGAAACGACCAUGACGGCUGCACGAGCUGGACGGCCAUGUACUCUACGAACAAUGCAACGUGCGUGGAGGGUAUCUCGAACGAGCCCAACUGCGGGUGGGGGUCAGGAGCAAAUGACCAGCUCUGCUCGUACUGCAGUGCCGGCAGCGGGUCGCUGCCAACGUGCUGCUACGAUCAAAAGACGGACCUCUCAGGAUGUGCUGCAAUGGGCUACCCUGCAGCAGCCCUCGUCCGCCCCACGACUAGCAUCGGACCCGGCUUUGCACAACAGACUGGCGAUGCAUCCUCGUCAAGCGCCAACUCAAACGGCGGCAACGGGCACAGGCUGAGCGGCGGGCAGCUUGCAGGCAUCAUCGUCGGCUGCAUCCUGGGCGCUCUCCUCAUCGGCGCUCUUCUCGCCUGGCUCCUCUUCCUCUGUUGCUGCGGUGGUCGUAGAAAGCGUCAGCACGAGACCGAGGCGCAAUCUGAUCGUCAGGGCAUGCUCGGCGGUGCCGCCUCAGCUGCCACUACCAGCCCGAGAGAGAAGGCCUACAACCUGUCCGAGGACACGAACCGCAACCCUAGCAUGAGCAACGAGAAAUCCCACAUGAACAUGGGCAUGGGCGCGGGAGCAGGCUUGGCAGGAGGCGCGCUCGCCGGUGGUGCGGCAGCUGCUGCGGGCAACCGUGGUUCUCACAACGACGGCUCAGCCAACUCCCGUCCGCUCUCCACGGCCACGACCGGCACGGAUGGCAGAGGCACAACAGUCCCCUCCGUGCGCUGCCAGUACACCGGCCAGGAGAUCACACCGGGAGACACAGUCGUUGCCAUCUAUCCUUACUCUGCUGGCUUGUCAGACGAGCUGGACCUCACACCAGAGACGCGCGAGGAGCUGCACGUCGUCAGGAUAUACGAUGACGGAUGGUGUCUCCUUCGCCGCGACAAUGGUCACGGUGGCAAGGAAGGAGCAGCGCCGCUCGUGUGCUGUCAGUCUAGCAAGGGAGAGUUGCCCGCGCAUAUGAGAAUGGGCGACUCAACAGGCACGGGUACCGGCUCAGGUACUACGGAUGAUGAGGCCGGAGGGAUGACGAGCGGAGCAGAAGGCGGGAUGACGAGUAGCGUGGGUGGAGCCGUGACAGCAGACGAACAUGGCUUUACAAGCGAUGCAGCCAGUCGCUGAGCGUGCUUUCGGAUCUCACGGCAACUCAGUACGGACCUGACGACUUCUCGGACUCUAUACUCGGGUGGAUCUACCGCCUGCGCAGGCUGUUCAGCCUUGCCGCCCUGAUGGCGUGUCUCUUUCCCCCCCCACCCCCCUUCUGGCCCUUCACCCUCGCGAUGGCACUUUCGCCCUCCUCCCACGCACAUAGCCUUAUCCCUCAGAACGCACCCUCACCCUACUACGCCCGCACCACACUCUUUACACAGUCGUUACCGACUUUCUUUUCAUCAGCACUUUCCUUUCUUUACAUUCUUUUCCUGCUCUUUCUCUGGUCGCCCUUUUCGCAAGUUGGCCAUCUUUACCGUUUCGUUCUCUGUCUUGUUCUGAUGACGAGCUCUUUUACCCUAGCUG